ACAAGCCGGCGAGGCGCAAAAAAUAUGUUCGAGCUGUGGCUUCGUACAAGUUGUCAAUAUACAAAAUAAUCGUGUUUUAGAAGAUGAGUAGUUUUUCUAGUGAUACGGUACAAAGUGAAUAUGGAAAAGUUUAAACUUAUCAACUGGAAUCCUUCUUUAGAGAACGUAAUAGAUGAUCAAUUUAUCAAAGAUGAUAGAAUAGAGAAGGAUAGUGCAAUGUAUAAAAUUAUGAAUGGUAUUUUUACAGACCCAUUUCAUGAUAUUGAAAAUGAUUAUACUGAAAUUAACUCGCAGUCCUUGGGAGAAUUUGGUAAAAGUAUUAGUGAUCUGGAAGAUGUAAUAAAAGAUGAAGAGAAUGAAAUAGAAGAUAAAAAUAAAAUAGAUGAUGGGAAAGGUAAAGAAGUGUACUAUGAAGAAAAUAUCAAGGAUCUCGAAGAAUGUAUGAAAAAACAGAGAAUUACAAAUAAUAAAAAUCUUUACAUACCUGGCAUGAGAAAGCAACCAUCUAACUUUCCUAGAAUAUCUAGUUUGACUUAUAGUCAGCAAGCUAUGUGCUCUCGUGUUUUGUCACAACUAUUUAGGUAUCAAACAAUGUCAUUGUCAGAAAAAGAAAAAAUGGAGCUUGAAAAUUACAUGGUACUGCAAGAGAAAAUAUCAGCAGAACAAAAUGAGUUUUUACAAUUUGCAAAGCAGAUGUGGAAAGAUACUAUUCCAAGGGUUAUUCAACAUAAAAUAUACAUAGAUUUAAAGUGGGACAAACAAUUGUUUGAAUUAAAGAAAUUGCCGAGAUAUUAUAUGGAAUCGUCAAAUAUACCAUUUUUGUCAAAUAAAAACAUUACUGUGAAAUUUCUAUCUUGUUUACAAGAGAGUAUCUUUUCAGAAGUGGUAUUGCCAAAAUUUGAUAAACCAUACUUCUUGAGAAUGAAAAAUACAACAAUAUUGAAGAAAUACCCACCAAUUUUAUCAUCAUUUUUGCCUCAUUUUAAGUUACCUGUGAGUGAAGAUACGUAUUGUAGGAGGCUUGCAGAAGAGACUAAGGUGGACUUAAUCAUCUCAUCCAGUGGUCUCAAGUGUUUACUGAAUAACAUCGGUUCAGAUUGCUCAAACUCGUGGAUCAUACCAGUAAUUAUAAGAUCGCACCACGAGAAGAAUGUUGUUUAUAUCGAUAAAAAAUUGCCACCUGUCGCUGCUACAUCAUUGCAAAAAAAUAGUUUGGUGUACAAAUACAUUCUUAGGCAUAAUCUUAUGCCCACUGAUGUUGAAUCGUCGAAAGGGAUAUCAUCUGCGGAGAAAAACAAAGCCGAGUUGGAAUUGUGCGAGAAAUCGAACGGAAUGAUCAGUUCUUUCGAAAGUCACAACGAAACCGAUCUUGAAGAAAAUCCCUCAUCCUCGACGGAUGAGGGACGAAAUGUAACGUACAAGCUUUUCACAAUAGGACCAGUGGAAUCGGAGAAUCAGUCCAAAUUGAUGAAAGACCUUCCAAAAGAAUAUCAAAUAUUGAUUCGGACGAAAACGGACGGUAUCGAAGUUUUACCGAACGAACAGGUCUCGCGACCUCUGAUGUUAGCACCAAAACUAGAGCAUCAGUUAGCACUUGGAGCAGAAGCUGCAACAUUAGAAGAAGGCGUACAGCAAUGGGGGUCGCUAGUGUUCAGACCAGGUGUAUCUUUAGCCCGAGUCAGGAUAGCAGUAGAGACAGGAGAAGUAAUACAAAUAGAAAGGCAUACGGCGAUGUCGCUGAGCGCCGAAAUGAAAAGGCUUUAUAACGUCAAGGUGGAAGAUUCUUUAACAAUUUUACAUAAUGUAAUUGAAAGAUUAUCGUGUCUAACUCCUGGCCGGUACGUCGUACAACAUAUCGCGCAACAUGGGCCGUUUGCAUAUAUUUAUAAGGAAGCUGAGGAAGGCGUGAAAAACAGUUUGGAUUUACAUUCCUUUUAUGAAUCUACUAAAUUCAAGACAAUCCCUGUCACACCGUGGCCACCUAUAGACACGAUGUUAAUGACACCAGCACUCGAGCACUUCCAUAAAAUGCCUGCUAUGUUCAAGCCACGUAUUGACAUAUGCAAGUCAUUUAAGGCAGUUCGGAAUACCUCCGGAGUUGUGAAACGAACAAAAAAGAAUUCAAGUACCGUUGAACAAACAGUUCUUCCUGUUCGACGAAGUCUUAGGGAGAAAAAACCGAGUAAGAAACUAACCGAGUAAGAUAACAACUUUGUGGGAUUAUCUUACUGAAACUAUUCAACAAUUUUAUUACAUCUUGUUAUUUUAUUGUACAUACGCACACACGCGCGCGCGAACACACAUACAUAUACAAAAAG